AUGAGUCGAUCAGGUCAGCCUCCGGAUCUCAAGAAGUACAUGGACAAGAAACUUCAAAUUAAGCUCAAUGCCAACCGAAUGGUAGUUGGAAUUCUUCGUGGGUUUGACCAAUUCAUGAACCUUGUUGUGGAUAACACUGUUGAAGUGAAUGGUAAUGACAAAACUGACAUUGGGAUGGUGGUGAUAAGAGGAAACAGCAUUGUUACCGUGGAAGCUCUUGAACCAGUUGGAAGAUCUUAG